CUCCAUACGUGCAAGCGGAAGAAUGCACCCCGCGAACGCUGCUCUCAGACACCUCGACGAACGCAUUUCGGCGAAGCAGCUAUGCGCGUGCUCACGACGGUGCUUGCGAUUUUAUCCCUGGUGAUCGGGAAGGCGAUCUCCAGCGGUGGCGAUGACUCCGCUGAAGUUCACGAGCUUUGCAAGAUGUACGGAAAAAAGGCCUGCGGAAACAUACCCUGCGAAGUUCCACCUGGGUCCAACGACACGCUUUUAUGCAGGUGUGAAUCUGGUGAACAGUACUUUGACGCCGUGGAGAAGAAAUGUCAUGACAAAAAUUCGUGCGACACAAAGGUUUGCGCGAUGGGAUGGUGUCAGCUCGAUGAAAAUGGACAGCCUCGGUGUGCGUGUGAACUAGCGGCAUGGCUCACUCCAGAUUGCGAAGUUGCACCUGAGUUUGCAGAAAGAUGCAAAAAUGGUAAAGUAGAGAUCAUCCAAGGGGCUCCCGAGUGUGUCUGCGAUAGCGAAGCUGUAAAAAAUGGCUCGCGUUGUAUAGUGACAACUUGCCUCAACCCCUCCAAAACAUGCUCUGAACUUUGCAAGGCGGGACUUCUGGAAAAGGACAAUCGCUGCUGCCAAGGGUGGAGCCAACCCAACUGCGAAAAGCCAGAUGCACAAUAUUGUUCACCUGGAAGCAUCAUGACAAAGGAGAAAAAAUGUCAAGACGCUUGCUCUACAAGAGACGCCGACAUCUUAUGUCGUCAUGGGUGCAAAAGUACUCCUAAUGGCAAGAGACCGUUUGAAUGUAAAUGCCCGCAAGGUUAUGUAGUGGCAGAAGACGGAGUCACAUGCAAAGUGCGUGAGUGCACGGAUGAGCAAAAGAAAACGUGCAGAGCAGAUCAGGAGUGCCAUAUCCAAUUCAACGAUAAUGUACGUUGCUCUUGUGGAGUCCAUGAACGUGAACAUGACGGAGUAUGCACAGAUAGAUGUGGGACAAAGGAAUGCCAUCUGAGCAACACAUACUGUGGGAUCUACCAUGGAAAAGAGGACUGCAGGUGUCCAUGGCCAUACCAAAAUGCCGGAAAUUGCCGACUAGAUGAAUAUUACUACAUUGUUUCCUUUAAAACUAACGGGUCUCUCGAUGCUGAAGACUGUUCUCGCAUUGUUAUGAAAGCGAUGAGAACGGCAUUCGGUCGUGACUUGGUCAAUGUGGACGUCCUGAAUUGCAGCGAAGAUAUGACCAUCCGGCUGGUAUUCAACAAACUGCCGCCGACCGCACUGCUAAAUCGUCUUCGGGCGUGCCAAUACCCAGAUGGCGAAUUUUGCAUCUUUUACCCACGACUAGCCAUCCUGAAGAAUUCCGUGAGUGAUUUUAAAAUUGAGGACCUGUGUGCCGGAGCGCUGAAGAGAGUGGAGAGGGAGUACAACGGAACGAACAAGUGCGUCCAAGAUGGUCACAUGAUUUCGUUCAAGUGCACCGAAGGAUACGUGGAGAAAGAAGUUGUGCGGACAGAACGCGUGAGCCGUUCCAUCUGUGAAAGGCCAUGUGGACCGGCCGAAGCUGAGAUGUGUUCGUCGGUCUUGGGCAAGUGCGAAGACAAGACCGGCUUCGCAAAGUGCUCCUGCCCUGAGUCGUUCGAGUGGAAUGCAAAAGAAAGGGCUUGUUUUCUGGAGCACGUGUAUUGGUACAGCGUGUCUUUCAAGAUAGCGAAUGCUUCUAGAACGGCUCAGUACAGCGUCGACGACUGCGCUGACAAGCAGAAGGACGUGGAAGAGGCUAUGCAAGAGCUUUAUCCCCAGACGCUGCGAACUGUCAAGCUGCUCGAGUGUUCGGACGAAUACAAACUGGAGCUGAACUUCAAAACGCCACAAGACCAGGUUUCCCUCGAAAAACUGCAGGCCUGUGAUGACACCAAAGGAGAAGACAUUUGUUUUUUUCCACCGGCUUUGUACGUAGUCAACGGAAGUGUGUCAGCUGCAACAGAAGAGAACCUGUGCGACACCUACUUGAAGGAUGUAGCGCAGAAAUUUGGGAAGCAGUACGAAUGCGUUAAGAACGAGAGUUCGUACGCCCUGAAGUGCACAAAGGCGUACAAAACAAUGACGUCAUACGAACAGGGAGCUCUUAAGGUCGACGUUUGUGCAGAGCGAAAAUGCGAGGAGUACUGCACCGAGCCAGAACGGCAGUGUUUGGAAGGGAAGUGCGUCUGCCACAUAAAUUACGUCGAAUCCGCCGAAGGCGUCUGCGUUCCAAUAUGUGACAAGAAUCCUUGCAAGAAUCGCGGCGUCUGUGAAAGAAGUGAAAAAGUGUCCUACUACUGCCGGUGUCCGCCGAGCUACACAGGGCCAAGUUGUGAAGUUCAUUUCGAAAAGUACACUGCUGCACAGAGAAACAUUACUAUUGUUGGCGUUAUCCUUGGAGUGUUCAUUAUAAUUUGCCUCGGCAUUUCUGGCGCACUAAUUAGAAGGCUAAAAAAUAAAAGUGUGGGCAGUGAAGACCUUUAGCUUGAAGUUCAUAUGGAAACAACCUGAAGCAAGGAACAGAGUAACGUGAAGAACAUUUCUCCAGUUCAGCUGCGGCGCUAUUAUAGCCGAAGUUUGGAUGCAUUAUGAAUGCUGAAGAGUUGCGCAGUGGUUCUGAAGCUUACUUUCGUAUUACAUGAACAUUUGGUCAACUGCUAUUGGCGAUGGACGUCACGGUUUUAUUUGAAUAGCAUCGAAAAAGAUAAGCGCAUAGUUAAAGAUCGCGUAUGUUAGUAGUCUGCACGUACGACUCCGCGUACACAAGGAAUUCUUACGUAAUGUGGACAAGCGCGGUUAUUUACUGAAUAAUAGUGGCAGCAGGAUUGAAGAAAGUGGGCUUGGAGCGCAUAAAAUCUUUAUAAGUGGUUGGUCCACGACAGUAGUUUAAGAAGGGCGCCAUUUUUGGUGCGAGAGGAGCCGUUCAAGUGAUAAAAUUUUCUGUUAGAACUAUGCCUAAAUUUCUGAAGUAAAAUGUUUCUAUUCGAGCUAAGGACACGAAACAGAAACGUAUAUUUGAAAUAACUGGUAAAUGCAUUUUAUUUUCAUUACAUAAGACAACAUUUAUUGAUACGAGCCCACGAUCAUUGUACGGAGCUCGUUCAACGAGCUAUUCGUUCGUGGCAACGCUUACGAAAAGCAAUGUACGUGCUCGGAUUAAUAAAUCGCGAACACACGAGCU